AUGGAAAGACAGAGAAACAUAUCCAAAUUCAUUCUUCUAGGAUUUUCUAAUGACUCAAAUACACAGCUAUUUUGUUUUGUUUUAUUCUUAUUCUGCUAUAUUUCCCUUUUGGUGGGAAACCUUCUGAUUCUUGUCUCCAUUCGAUGCAGCUCCCUUUUCCAUCAACCAAUGUACUAUUUCCUCAGCCACUUGUCUUCUAUGGACAUCUGCUAUACCUCUAGUGUCACACCCAAGCUGAUUGCUGACCUGUUGGUGAGGACAAAAUCCAUCUCUUAUGGUAAUUGCAUGCUACAAGUCUUUGCCAUGCACUUCUUUGGCAGUAUUGAGAUCUUCAUUCUCACAGUCAUGGCCUUCGAUCGCUAUGUUGCCAUCUGCAAACCUCUCCACUACAUGAUUAUCAUGAACAGGACGAGAUGUAAUCUUCUGGUCUUAGCUGCCUGGGCUGGUGGGGCAGUGCAUUCCUUUCCUCAAGUGUCAAUGACAAUCAGGUUGCCCUUUUGUGGUCCUAAUGAACUUGACCACUAUUUUUGUGACAUCUUCCCAUUGCUCAAAGUUGCCUGUACUGACACCUACAUCACUGGUGUGCUUGUGGUUGCCAAUUCUGGUAUGGUCGCCUUAGUAACCUUUGUUGUCCUUGUUGUUUCUUAUGUGAUUAUAUUAUUCACUUUGAGAAACCACUCAGCUGAGGGAAGACGCAAAGCCCUGUCCACCUGUGGCUCUCAUAUCACUGUUGUGGUCUUGUUUUUCGGUCCUUCAAUUUUUGCCUACCUUAGACCUCCCACCACUUUCUCUGAGGAUAAAGUAUUUGCUCUCUUUUACACCAUCAUUGCUCCUAUGUUUAAUCCUUUAAUCUACACCUUGAGAAAUACAGAGAUGAAAAGUGCCAUGAAAAAAGUCUGGUGUAAAGGGAUUUUUUUUCCAAGUGAAACGCACAAUUAG